GUACCACCUCUGAGCAGCAUCCUGCAUCCCUGGGUACCACCCGAGCAGCAUCCUGCAUCCCUGGGUACCACCCGGGCACCAUCCCUGAGCAUCACCCCGCACCCUCGGGUCCCGCUCAGCACCCCCGGGGUGCCGCCGUGCCCGCCGGUGCCCGCUGUCCCUUAGGCUGUGAGCAGCGCCCCGGGUGACCCCCCCGGCCCGAGCCCCCCCCGUGUGGAAGCCCCCCGAGCCCCGGCAUGGCCGAGCCCAGCUCCGAGUGCAGCAUCAAGGUCCUGUGCCGCUUCCGGCCGCUCAACCAGGCCGAGAUCCUGCGGGGAGACAAAUUCCUGCCCGUGUUCCAGGGGGACGACAGCGUCGUGCUGGGGGGCAAGCCGUACGUGUUCGACCGCGUGUUCCCCCCGAACACCACGCAGGAGCAGGUGUACCACGCGUGUGCCAUGCAGAUCGUCAAGGAUGUGCUGGCCGGGUACAACGGCACCAUCUUCGCCUACGGACAGACAUCAUCGGGCAAGACCCACACCAUGGAGGGGAAGCUGCACGACCCGCAGCAGAUGGGGAUCAUCCCCCGCAUCGCCCGCGACAUCUUCAACCACAUCUACGCCAUGGACGAGAACCUGGAGUUCCACAUCAAGGUUUCCUACUUUGAGAUUUACCUGGACAAGAUCCGGGACCUGCUGGACAUGACCAAGACCAACCUGUCGGUGCACGAGGACAAGAACCGGGUCCCCUACGUCAAGGGCUGCACCGAGCGCUUCGUGUCCAGCCCCGAGGAGAUCCUGGACGUGAUCGAUGAGGGGAAAUCCAACCGGCACGUGGCUGUCACCAACAUGAACGAGCACAGCUCCCGCAGCCACAGCAUCUUCCUCAUCCACAUCAAGCAGGAGAACGUGGAGACCGAGCAGAAGCUGAGCGGGAAGCUCUACCUGGUGGACCUGGCGGGCAGCGAGAAGGUGAGCAAGACGGGCGCUGAGGGGGCCGUGCUGGACGAGGCCAAAAACAUCAACAAAUCCCUGUCGGCGCUGGGCAACGUCAUCUCCGCGCUGGCCGAGGGCACGAAGGCCUACGUGCCCUAUCGCGACAGCAAGAUGACGCGGAUCCUGCAGGACUCGCUGGGCGGGAACUGCCGCACCACCAUGUUCAUCUGCUGCUCCCCGUCCAGCUACAACGACCAGGAGACCAAAUCCACGCUCAUGUUCGGCCAGAGGGCCAAGACCAUCAAGAACACGGCCUCGGUGAACCUGGAGCUCACGGCCGAGCAGUGGAAGAAGAAAUUCGAGAAGGAGAAGGAGAAGAACAAAGCGCUGAGAGAGAGCCUGGCCCGGCUGGAGGCGGAGCUGAGCCGCUGGCGGAGCGGCGAGGCCGUGCCCGAGACCGAGCAGCUGAGCGAGGCCGAGGCGGGCACGGGGCCGGGCGAGGGCCCGGGGGGCGCCCCCGAGGAGCCCCCCCUGAACGACAACAGCUCCUCCAUCGUCAUCCACAUCUCGGACGAGGAGCGCCACAAGUACGAGGAGGAGAUCCGCAAGCUCUACAAGCAGCUGGACGACAAGGAUGACGAGAUCAACCAGCAGAGUCAGAUCAUGGAGAAGCUCAAGCAGCAAAUGCUGGACCAGGAGGAGGUGCUGGCGGCGGCGCGGGGCGGGGGCGAGGCUGCCCGCCGGGAGCUGGCGGCGCUGCGGGCCGAGCACGGCGCGGCGCGGGCCGAGGUCACCGAGGUGCUGGCGGCGCUCGAGGAGCUCGCCCGGAGCUACGACCGCAAGGCCCAGGAGGCCGAGGACACCGGGAGGCACAACCGGCGGCUGGCGGACGAGCUGGCCCGCACCGAGGCCACCACGCUGUCGCUGGAGUCGGAGCUGUCGCGGGCACGGGAGCUCGGGGGGCAGCAGCGGCGCCGCGCGGCCGAGGUGCUCAACGGGCUCCUGAGGGACCUGAGCGAGCUCAGCGCCCUCGUGGGCAGCGGCGACAUCAAACUGCCGGUGGAGGUGAGCGGUGCCAUCGAGGAGGAGUUCGCCGUUGCCCGGCUCUACAUCAGCAAGAUCAAGUCGGAGGUGAAGUCGGUGGUGAAGCGCUGCCGGCAGCUGGAGAACCUGCAGGUGGAGUGCCACCGCAAGCUGGAGGUGACGGGCAGAGAGCUGUCCUCGUGCCAGCUGCUCAUCUCCCAGCACGAGGCCAAGAUCCGCUCGCUGACCGAGUACGCGCAGAGCCUGGAGCUGCGCAAGCGGCACCUGGAGGAGGCGCACGACGCGCUCGGGGAGGAGCUGGCGAGGCUGCAGGCGCAGGAGGCUGCACAGGGGGCAGCUCGGAAGCAGCGCGAGCAGGAUGAGACCCAGGACACGGACGAGGUCAAGGCGGCGCUGGAGCUGCAGCUCGAGAGCCAGCGCGAGGCCCAGCACAAGCAGCUGGCGCGGCUGCGGGACGAGGUCAACGAGCGGCAGAAAACCAUCGAUGAGCUGAGGGACCAGAACCAGAAGCUGGAGCUGGAGCUGGAGCGGCUGCGGGCGGAGCACGAGGCGCUGCGGGCGGAGGAGCGCGCCAAGGCAGCGCGGCUGCAGGAGCUGACGCUCCUGUACGAGCGCCACGAGCAGUCCAAGCAGGACCUCAAGGGGCUGGAGGAGACCGUGGCCCGUGAACUCCAGACCCUCCACAACCUGCGCAAGCUGUUUGUUCAAGACGUCACGACACGAGUCAAGAAGAGCGCAGAGCUGGAACCCGAGGACAGUGGGGGGCUCCACUCCCAGAAGCAGAAGAUUUCCUUUCUUGACAACCUGGAGCAGCUUACAAAGGUUCACAAACAGCUGGUCCGUGACAAUGCAGACCUGCGCUGUGAGCUUCCGAAGCUGGAGAAGCGGCUGCGCGCUACGGCUGGGCGAGUGCAGGCCCUGGAAGGGGCGCUGAGGGCGGCCAAGGAGGGGGCGCGCCUGGACAAGCGGCGCUACCAGCAGGAGGUGGAGCGGAUCCGGGAGGCCGUGAGGGCCCGGGGGGCGCGGCGGGGGCCCGGAGCGCACACGGCCAAGCCGGUGCGGCCGGGCAGGCGCCGUCGCCCCGGGCUGAGCUACACCAACAGCCUGUUCCAGGGGUACCCCGGGGGGGGCGCCCUGCCCGGGCCCCACGGCCUCUUUGCCAGCGGCCCCCCCACGCUCCCCAGCACCCCCCCGGAUCCCUACCAGCAGCUCAACGUGGAUAAUGGGAACGUGACAGACAUCAACGACAACAGGAGUGACCUGUCCUGCGCCUGCGAGGCCGAGGAGGCGGCCAAGCUCUUCCCGCUGCGCCAGGAGACGGCGGCCAGCUAAUGCCCCCCCCCAGGUGCUGCAGCCCCGGCUCCGCCCGCUUGUCCCGGUGUCACCGGUGUCACCCGUGUCCUGUGCUCGUGCCACGCUCGCUCCGUGCGGGGGAGGGGCCGCUCCCCCCC